AUUUCCAAGUGACGGCGUAUCAUUCAUCACACUACCGGAAUAUCAAAGUUUCUCUCUUUCCAAUAGAUUUUCGGGGGUGCCGACGAAGACAGAGAGAGAGAGAGAGAGGCCUUACCAUCCGUCGAGAGGAGGGUUCCGGCGAGCUACGGGGAAACGUCGGAGCAGAGAGAGAAGCGCCAAGAGAGAGAGAGAGAGAGAGAGAGAGAGAGAGAGAGAGAGAGAGAACACGUCAGGGCAGGUACGGCGAGCUGCGCAAGGAGAUUUCCGGCGAGCUGCGCAGAUACGGGGAGCUUCGAGAUUUCCGGGGACGGGGAUCAAGUCAGGGAGAGAGAGAAACACUUCCGAGCAGUGAUAUUGUUAGCAAAGGGAGAAAAGUGAAAAAAUUUCCCAAAUAAAAGGAGCCAGAGUCCAGAGCCAAUCUUACUCACGUACAACCAUCCCUACCUGCUGUGAAGAGGAAGAUGAUUGUCUGCAUUGCUGUCGUUGGCCACCAGAAUAACCCGCUUUAUCUUCAGAGCUUCACAGAGGAAGAUGACGCUCUUAAACUUCACCACAUCGUUCAUUGCUCAUUGGAUGUCAUUGAUGAGAGAGUAAACAAUCCAAGGAAAAGUGGGCCAACAUUGAAUGAGACAUUCCUUGGUCUUCUUUAUCCAACUGAGAACUACAAAGUUUAUGGGUAUUUGACUAACACAAAGGUGAAAUUCAUUUUGGUCGCAACUGAUCUGGAAGUCAGAGAUGCAGAUGUGAGAAAUUUUUUCAGGAGGUUCCACUCUGCAUAUGUAGAUGCUGUUUCGAAUCCAUUUCAUGUUCCGGGAAAGAAGAUAACCUCCAAAGCUUUUGCUGAAAGGGUCAGUACCAUCGUCAAGUCUUUCGGCUCUAAUGCAACUACAUGAAGAGGCAUUUCCUCUGUUAGACGUGGUCUUGCAGAUGAUUAAGCUCCGUCCGAAGCCGGCGUAACAGGACGUCUAUCUGCCGUUGAAAAGUAUGAAGUGAACUCGCGCGAGUGAACCUUGCAAAUGAACUUUCUCGGGUAAUCGUCCACACACGUGCAAGAUCAUACCCGUUGAUCAAAAUCGAGUACGUUAACUGUUAUUUCAUGGGCCAAAAAUGGAAAGUUUUCUAUCACAUUUUUUUUUUCAUUUAAUAAUGUUCUGUAUAAUUGUGGAGUAAGAGUUUUAUGGUUUAGAUUAAGUUUUCCCUUAUUCCAAGUGUGCAAUUUCUCUGAGAUGAGUAUCAACCAUCAUACUCUAACAGAGUAUCAAAGUUAUUUUUAGUUUUUU